AUGACUCUAUCGGUAAGCGGUAUUACUCCUCUCUGCAACGCGGGGAUUCCUGAGGCUGAGCCUGACUAUAUCGGUCUGAGGUUCCUGAGGACGCUCCGUCUCCUUCAGUUACCUGAAAUCCUGCAGUACCUACGGAUCCUCAGGAAGCACACCAAUAUCAAACUCGUGAGUCUGCUGUCGGUGUUUGUGGGAGCCUGGCUGACGGCCGCUGGCUUCAUCCACACAAUUGAGAAUUCCGGAGAUCCCUGGAGGAAGGAGGACAACAGCCACCAGCUGACCUACUGGCAAUGCGUCUACCUACUCCUGGUCACCAUGUCGACCGUCGGCUUUGGUGACCUGACUGCCAGGACCACCCUCGGCCAGGUCUUCAUGGCCUUCUUCAUCAUCCUAGGCAUGGUGUUGUUUGCAAGUCAUGUCCCUGAGAUUAUUGAGCUCAUCGGAAGCAAUCGCAAGUACACAGGAUCAUACAGAAUAGUCAUGGGGAAGAAGCACAUUAUAGUGUGUGGCCACAUCACCCUCAGCAGUCUUCACGAGUUGCUGAAAAACUUCAACUGGAAAGAGAAGGAGGAGAGUACAACCAUCAUUGUGAUCCUUGAGGACUUUAAUCCUGGUCUGGAGCUCCAGGCCCUGUUCAAACGCCACCUGCUACAGAUGCAUUUUUUCCAGGGAUCGGUUUUAAAGCCGACAGAUUUGGACAGGGUUCAGCUGGACAAAGCCGACGCCUGUCUGAUUUUAGCCGACAAGAAUUGCCUCAACCCUGAAGCUGAAGAUUCUGCAAACAUCAUGAAGGCCAUUGCCGUGAAACAGUACUCGCCCAAGACUCGGAUCAUCGCUCAAGUGCUUCAGUACCACAGCAUGGGGUACCUGCAGAACCUGCCGAGCUGGAACCUGGUACACCGGGAUAGUGUGAUCUGCCUGAACGAGCUGAAGAUGGGCUUCAUCGCACAGAACUGUCUCUUGCCAGGCUUUUCCACUCUGCUCGCCAACCUCUUCAUCAAGAAAUCUCAGGUGGAGCAUAAGACAGGAACCUGGCUGGAUAUCUACCAAGAAGGAAUCAGCCAAGAGAUUUUCACGGAAUAUCUGUCGGACGCCUUUGUGGGGAUGUCAUUCCCUGAAGUGUGCCAGAUUUGCUACCUCAAACUGAAGCUGUUGCUCAUCGCCAUUCAGUACCAGACAGGUGCAGAAACGGUCAGUAUCGUGAUAAACCCAAAUGCCAACAUCCUGAUUGAGGAACAAACCCUCGGCUUCUUCAUCGCCAAGAAACAAAGCCACGUACAGAAGGCAAACUUCUACUGCAACGAGUGUCACGGUGACGUCCACAACCCCCGGUGCAUCGGGAAGUGUACCUGCCACAAGAAGUUGAGCAAGGACAAACCGCUUGAUGGCGCCAUUCGAGUGCAGUCGUUCGGGGUUCUGCCCAGGCAAAUAGCCUCGACCGAAUUAAUCGAUUCCAUGUUGGCCAGGGAGAAGGUGAGCCUGGAUUCCACUGGAAUGUUCCACUGGUGUCCACCCAAGGCCAUCACGGAGGUGACCCUGAGCCGUGCCACGGUAUCGCGCCUGCAGCUGUCGAACCACGUCAUCGUCUGCAUCUUUAGUGAGCCCAAGUUCCCUGCGAUCGGCCUGCGCAACUUUGUGAUGCCUCUGCGCGCCAGCAGCUUCACCUACAAGGAGCUCAAGGCUAUCGUGUUCGUGGUGUCCCUGGAGUAUAUCAGCAAGGAAUGGGAAACCAUCAGUAACUUUCCCAAGGUCUUCAUCCUUCCGGGAUCGCCACUGUGCCGAGCUGACCUGAAGGCAGCCAACGUCGCUACCUGUGGCAUGACUGUGGUCAUCUCCUCCAAUCGGAUCCAGUUCGAAGAGAAGAGCCUGGAGGACAAAGAGUGUAUCCUGGCCACCCUCAACCUGAAGGCCAUGCUCUUUGAGAAGAUCAAGGGCUCUGACGGCCCAGCGACAAAGUCCGUAGUAAACCUCUCGGCCAAUACAGAUGCGUGUGCCUCAGUUGACAGAUAUCACUACAGAGUCCCUAUCAUUACUUCACUCGUUCACCAAUCGAACGUCUACUUUCUGGACCAGGAAGACCGAGAUGACCCGGACACCGAUCUGUAUCUCACCAAGCCUUACGCCAGCGGAUGUGUGUUUGCCUUCAGCAUCCUGAACUCUCUGACGUGCAUGACGUACUUCAAUGAUAAUAUUCUGCUCCUGAUCCGUACCCUGGUGACAGGAGGCUCCUCCCCGGAGCUCGAUGAGCAGCUGGCUGAUGAGGACGCACUGAGGGGCAGCAUCAACGCCCAGAACAAAGUGGACCAGAGGAAUCGAUGCAAGCUGGCGUAUAUCACCAUGUGUGACAAGCGCUUUGAGGAGUUUGCGCAUGGCGGAAAGUACAGUGAUCUGUUCUGCAAAGCUCUGCUCCGGUACGGGAUGCUUUGCUUUGGUAUAUUUCGACUGCAAGACCCAGCCAAACAGUCAAAGAAGCGGUUUGUCAUUACAAAUCCUUCGUCCUUCUUUGAGCUGACCGAGUCGGACUUCAUCAUGUGUACUGUGCCCUUCUACGACACACAGACCAUAACCGCCAACGUCACUUCCCAAAUGGGCUACCUGUCCAAGUUCGUUCCGCUUCACACAGUGUCCAGGCAGGCCUCCACUGACCUAAGGGCUGACUACGACAUGUAUAGCCGUGACUAUGCCGAGCUGGCAAGGCAGGAAGUGGACAGGGAGCGAGUGGGGAGGGGAGGUGCCCUCACCGCUGCAAAGUCCAGGAAGCGGAGGUACCUUGAGCGCUCGACACUGAGGAAAAUACUGAAUUCCACCAUUAUGGAAAGGGCUUCCCAGGAGAGGAAUGAGAGGUCCUCGCCCUUCGUUACAGUCCAGCACUACAGGAUAGACACAGACGCUGGCAAGGAAAAUCAAUCUUCCGCUGAGGUUGAAGCCAAUAUUGUAAUGGGUGAAGGGAUGGAGUCCACAAAUCCUGAUGCUGAGAGUCAAGGUGCAGCUCUGAAAACCACCGGGGCAGCUGUGGAUACAGUUCCAGAAAUCAACCAGCUGCCUGUAGCCACAACACCGGGGCCCAGAGCACAGCCUGUAGGCACAACACCCAGACCCAGUGCACAGCCUGUGUCUAUAACACCUGGGCCCAGAGCACAGCCUGUAGGCACAACACCCGGACCCAGUGCACAGCCUGUGUCUAUAACACCUGGGCCCAGAGCACAGCCUGUGGGCACAACAGCCAGACCCAGUGCACAGCCUACAGCCGCAACACCUGGACCCAGUGUUCAGCCUACAGCCACAACACCCAGACCCAGUGCACAGCCUACAGCCGCAACACCCAGACCCAGUGCACAGCCUACAGCCACAACACCCAGACCCAGUGCACAGCCUACAGCCACAACACCCGGGCCCAGUGCACAGCCUACAGCCACAACACCUGGACCCAGUGCACAGCCUACAGCCACAACACCCAGACCCAGUGCACAGCCUACAGCCGCAACACCCAGACCCAGUGCACAGCCUACAGCCACAACACCCAGACCCAGUGCACAGCCUACAGCCACAACACCUGGACCCAGUGUUCAGCCUACAGCCACAACACCCAGACCCAGUGCACAGCCUACAGCCACAACACCUGGGCCCAGUGCACAGCCUACAGCCACAACACCUGGACCCAGUGCACAGCCUACAGCCACAACACCUGGACCCAGUGCACAGCCUACAGCCACAACACCUGGGCCCAGUGCACAGCCUACAGCCACAACACCCAGACCCAGUGCACAGCCUACAGCCACAACACCCAGACCCAGUGCACUGCCUGUAGGCACAACAGCUGGACCCAGUGCACAGCCUACAGCCACAACACCUGGGCCCAGUGCACAGCCUACAGCCACAACACCUGGGCCCAGUGCACAGCCUACAGCCACAACACCUGGACCCAGUGCACAGCCUACAGCCACAACACCUGGGCCCAGUGCACAGCCUACAGCCACAACACCCAGACCCAGUGCACAGCCUACAGCCACAACACCCAGACCCAGUGCACUGCCUGUAGGCACAACAGCUGGACCCAGUGCACAGCCUACAGCCACAACACCCGGGCCCAGUGCACAGCCUACGGCCACAACACCUGGACCCAGUGCACUGCCUGUAGGCACAACAGCUGGACCCAGUGCACAGCCUACAGCCACAACACCCGGGCCCAGUGCACAGCCUACAGCCACAACACCUGGACCCAGUGCACAGCCUACAGCCACAACACCUGGGCCCAGUGCACAACCUACAGCCACAACACCCAGACCCACUGCACAGCCUACAGCCACAACACCCAGACCCAGUGUGUUGCCUGUAGGCACAACUUCUGGAUCCAGUGCACUGCCUGCGAGCACAACACCUGGACCCAGUGCACAGACUACAGCCACAACACCCGGACCUGGUGCGCUGCCUGUAGGUACAACAGCUGGACCCAGUGCACUGCCUGUAACCUCAGCGCUGCAGCCCAGUGUGGGGAGCAAGGACAUACAGCCAGAGCAAAGUCCCAAACCUGGCGGGGGCUCAGAAUGAUUUGUUUAUUGCCAAACAGAUUUGCAGACAGGCUCUGUACUCCUUGGACAUUUAUUUCUAAUAAAUCAACAUGGUUUAAGAUUCAA